AUGCAGACCGCUUGGCCAUUUCUUGGCCUGCUCCUUUCCAUCACGACCGCUGCGGCAGACUGUGUCGCAGCCCCCUCCUUGCUUGCCGUGAAGUCCGAGACUCAGGUGACGCAGUUGUCGAUCACCGAGGAUUUGCCAUUGAACCUCACUGGCUCUCAUGGAAACAGCACCAAUGGCACCAAUGGAACCAACAACAGCCUUGAGGAGAUCUUGGUUGGCAACUUGGCACAUGUCUUCAAGGAAGUGGACAGCUUGGGCGACAUGGAGAACACUAGCAACCAGAGCGACGGGCAGCGGCGCCACGGUUUCGGCGACUUGGGCACGAACCUUGAGUUUCUGCUGCUGAAGGUGGCCCAAAUGGAGACGGCGGCUCGUUGGCCUACAGGGGGAUCUUAUCGUUAUUUCCUGCGGGCAUCUGAGGUGGUUGAGCUGCAACAAGCUCAGCUGCAGAAGCAGCAGGCGGAGAUCGACGAACUGAGGGCCGAGGUCCGCGGCACGUCGACCGCAUCGAACUCAACCACCAGCCUCCGUGAGCGCAGGGCGAAGGAGAAAGCUCAAGUGCUCGAGGCAAGCCGGGUCUUCAAGAAGGUGAUCCAGAAGCAUCAUCACCAGAGGCAGACUCGCGAAUACCUCACUCCGCACUCCAAGGACUCCAAGGCCAGCAAGGCACCAGAGGGCGAAAAGGCGGCGCUCUUGGAACGGAGUGCUCGACAGAAGCAGGAGUCCAAGUCGAAGUCUGAGGCUUUGGACGCCGUUGUAAGCUCGAAAUUCAUCGAGGACGUCGGAAGCGGCAUUGCGGAUGUGGCCGGAGGUGUGGCCGGUGCCGUCACGGAUGGCACGGGCUUGGUGGGUGACGCCUUGGGCGAUGCCUAUGAGGCAGCUGCAGACCAAGUGUCCUUCGUGGCCAAUACGGUCAUCGAUACCGUCGAAAUGGCAGUCACCAUCUUGCUGCGAGGCUUCACGGACUUCGGCGCCGGCUGCCCGGACUCCUCAUGGCCUUCCAUGGGCGUCGACUCCACGGGCUUCCGCAUCAACUGGGGCCGGCAGAAGUGCUACAUCAGGCUCAUGGGCCAAAGCAUCACGCUCUUCGAUUUCAAUUUCGGGAACACCAACGUCAACUGGCCGGAGCCCGUGAAGACCGUCGUCAGCCAUGGCCUGGCCCCAAUCCGUGCCAUCGUUGACAUCGGCCGUGAGGUGGCAGGCUGCGUGACGGCUGGGGGCGUCGGCGACGUCUUCGGCUGCUUCGGGAACAAGCUGCUGCAAGUGGUGCCGCCUCUCUCCUUCCUGACCCGGAUGGGCGACAUGCUCACCGAGUUUGUUGAGGUCUUUGCGCGUUUGGCGGGCUCGGUCAUCAGCUCUGUCCUUUCGGACAGCCAGUCCCUGGUCCAAUCAGCCAUUAAGACCUCGUUCCCCGAAGUGGCGGCGCCAGCCCGUGUCCAUCACAGCACCAAGAAUUUGGUGGUGAAGACUCAUACCCAGCGCCACCCGGGAAGCAAGAGGAGCAAACUUCGCCGUGGCGAGGCGGAGGCCCAGCUGCAACUGAACACCUCUCGUUCUCGUGGUGAUGAUGACAGCGAUGGCGCCAUCAACUUC